GAAAGAGAACAGCCUUCUCCUGGAUAUUUUCAGCAGGAAAAUUUGGAUAACCAGAUUAAUCCGGCAGAACAACGUGCUUUGUUCAGCUCUCCUUUAGAGUUAGGCCGCAGGUGGUACCAUUUACACAGAACAUGCUAUUGCCAGCAAAGAAGUCAAAAUUUUGGUUUCACGGUUGUUUCAUAUAAUGUGUUAGCUGAUGGCUUACUUAAUGCACACAGUGAUUUGUAUGCUGGAACAGAGCAAUGGCUACAACAGUGGGAGUACAGGCGGAGAAAUUUACUGAAAGAAAUUCUUCAUUACAAAGCAGAUGUAAGUGAUAUUACAGUAAAAGUGUUCAAUUAGCCUACAAAUACAGCCAUCUCUCAUCAAUCCUCACCACCAAGGACAUUUCAUAGGAGUGACACCGGCGCCUCAAUGACAGAAAUGCCAUAUACUGAUGAUGGAAAUCAAUGUUUACAUUUUUAGCCUGGUAGUCAUGGGGUUGUAAAGAAGAAUUUGUUCGAGUUUAUGUGUCACCUGGUCUUUCGUGUGGCAAAGGUUUGAGUUCUUCUGUUAAUGAGCUGCAGCAAAUCUUAUAUAACUCUUCUAAAGAAGAAUAUAGUUCAUAAAUAAUGACUGUAGAUUUAUUUGCAUUAAUAUUUGACCUUUGUGUGGUUUUGCCUUUUGUCUGUCAUUCGUAAAUGAUAGCUAAAACAAUAAAGCUAUGAAACUACAUAGACCAAUCAGAGCUCCUGACCAGGUUCUGGACAGAUUAUAUUUUUACAUCAUCAGUAUCGAAUUUCUGUUGUUGAGUUGCAGACAUCUCUCCUGCAAAACGUCCCUACCUGCAAGGAGGGAAGAAAGAUGGCUGUUUUUACAGGCUAACCUUAAACAAAUGGUUGUCCGAUUGCUCUUGAACAUGACUGGUAGUGUUACCCUAGUAACCACUUAAUCUUCCCCUUAAAAUAGGGUAAGGUUUGCACCAUCUUAUCUGGAACCAAGGUAUAGAACUGGAUAGAGUGUUUAAAGAAAGGGGUGUUUUUAUUAUAAUAGUUGUCUUUGUGAUGAACACUUUAAAUGAAGACCUUGUUAAAUGGGGGAGCAAACCAAAGCAUUUUAUGGUUAGUUGGAUCAUACAUCAUACAUGCGAAAAGGGUCUGUUAUGUCAAUAGGUCUGAAAUAGAGUGGGAACAAUAUUUUCUCUACAACAGGGUAACAAAUAUACCACACACCUCUGCCCAAAUUUUCCAGAAGAAACCCUUUCCCAGGUGUCAUUAAAGUACUCUUAAUCAGUAGAUCAAUUUGUUUGCUAAAUAUCAACAAAAAAUAAGUCUCCAUUAUUAAAUUAAAGACAGUUAAUUUUUGUAAGAAUCUUUCUUUUUUCCUUUGUGGUUGGUGAGAUAGUCUUUCUAGGUAAAAGUUAAGGUGCAUACGAGCAAAAAGCCCAAAGGGUUUCCUUAGCAUGAAGCAUGUCUAGGAGUAUUGCUACUCCCCCCUGGAUGGGAUGCUAGUCCAUAGGAGGGUUACCCCUCAGCAGUAUGUCACCGGUAUGCAUUUAAACACCUGGGUGAGGAGGGACAAAGUGGAGUAUAGUUCCUUGUGUAAUGAAACAAUGUGAUGGGCGAAACUUGAACUCCAGACUUUCAGAUCUGGAGUUGGAGGUGUUAACCACUCGGCCACACGCGCCUCUACUAUAGUCUUUCUAGAGAUAACAACAUGGAAACUAUAGCGAAUGUGUAACUUUCAUUGAAUUUAUUUAGAUCUCUUGUAGUCACAGUAAAACAUAGUGGCAAUGUUAAAGUCUGUGUAGUUGUGUUAAACUUUGCAAGGAUUAUUUUUAUUCUGUUUAGAUUGUCUGUCUUCAAGAAGUAGAAGAAAGCCACUACCAAGAUUGGUUUGAACCUAAGCUAAGAGAAAAAGGUAAAAAUAUUCUCAUUAUGCUCAGACUUCAUGCUACUGUCCACUCCACUCUGUUCCACUCCAGUCUUUCUCAGUUUGCUUUUGCUACUCCAUUCCGCUCUGCUUAGCCUGUGAGAGCAGACAUCUUUUUCAGCUGUUGUUUUCAAGAGCCAAAAAAGGCAUCUGCUCUCGCAGGCUACACUCUGAUCUGUCUAUUUUUUUUUGUUCCUGACAUUUACAGUGAGUCACUGCAAAGUCAUCACUGUGAGUUCUUGGUAUUUUUGGCAGAAACUUAAAAAAAAGCCAAAAAUGGGCAGUGGCUGUAAGUCCCACUUCCUUUAAGUUCCAAGAGUGACCAACAUCAAUUUUCUCUUAACAUUAUCCAUACAUAAUCAAGAGAAUAGGCUAUGAGAAUCAAUAAAAUGGUCACCAAGGGGUCAAAUUCUCUCAUUAACCCUUUAAGUCCCAAAAGUGACUAAUGUCAAUUUUCUCCUAACAAUAUCCAUACAAUGUCAAGAGAUUAGGUUAUGAGAAUUAAUAAAACGAUCACCUAAGGGAAAAUGCCUUGAUCUUUUAACAAAUUCUCUCAACUUAUUCAUGAAGGAAAUGUAUAGAGAUCAGUUUGGAGAAUUUGUAUGUGGAUAUUGUGGCUUAUCGCUAUAUGCUGUUUUACAGAGUGCUUGUUAUCUAUUUUGGGAAUUUUUUACUCUUAUACAGGUUACAGUGGAGUGUACAAAAAAAGAACUGGUGACAAAACUGAUGGAUGUGCAACAUNGAUCACCUAAGGGAAAAUGCCUUGAUCUUUUAUCAAAUUCUCUCAACUUAUUCAUGAAGGAAAUGUAUAGAGAUCAGUUUGGAGAAUUUGUAUGUGGAUAUUGUGGCUUAUCGCUAUAUGCUGUUUUACAGAGUGCUUGUUAUCUAUUUUGGGAAUUUUUUACUCUUAUACAGGUUACAGUGGAGUGUACAAAAAAAGAACUGGUGACAAAACUGAUGGAUGUGCAACAUUCUUCAAAGCAUCCAGGUUUACGUUGGUGAAAACCAAGCUGGUUUCUUUCAGAAAACCGGAAGUCAAACUGAUGGACCGUGACAAUGUAGCUGUUGUGUUACUUUUAGAGCCGAGGACGGCAGUACGCUCCUCGCAUCAGGCAGCCAAUUCAGUGUGUGUGUCCAACACUCACUUACUGUUUAACAAGAAAAGGGGAGACAUCAAGCUUUCACAACUAGCUUGCUUGUUAGCUGAAAUUGCUGAGAUAGCAGCCAUUUCCACAUCUGAUCAAGGUGAUAUUCGUUACCAUCCUAUCAUAUGUUGUGGGGACUUUAAUAGCGUUCCAUUUUCUCCAAUUUACGAAUUUGUCGUGCGGGGAUUGCUGGAUUAUAAAGGAAUGCAUCGUGAUAAUUUUUCAGGGCAGAACCAUUUUCGAAACAGUUUUCCACCAAGACAGGCCCUCUCAAGCAAUCUUAUUCCAUGGGAAUUGGGAAUUACAACGUCUGGCGUCAAAAGAAACGAUUCACAAAAAGCAAAUCCUGCCGCGAGCUAUGAGCCUAGUAAUUCAACAAACAGUACGGAAGACAAGAUAAAAGGUGGUAACUCAGAUUGUGGAAGUACUGGUCAAGAAGCUGUUGGAGACAGUGCUGGGAUAAAGAAGACACAAGAGGAAAAUCUCAGUUUAACUUCCAGUCAGUGCAGUAAAGGGGAAAAUAGCGACAUUUACUUAGCAUGCUCUAGCACAUCUUUACCAAAAAAAGAUUCGCAGUCACUCGUUUGCUUGGAGGUUGGAGGUAUUUGGCCGGAAGGGGAACUAACUGCCCCUCCUCCUAUAGAGAACAAAACGGAGCGAGAUUUGUACAAUGCAUGUACAACCCAGCAACAUCCUUUCAACUUCUUCAGUGUCUACAGGCAUUACUUCAAAAACCGAAGACCGGAAGUGACUACGUUUCAUGAUCGAGCAUGCACCACUGUUGAUUAUAUGUUCGUAUCUCCUGGGCUUCAACGGUCUUGUCGCAGGUGCCGGUCUCGACAUGGACCCUUACAACUGACUGGUAAACUGGAUCUUCUCUCCGAGGAUGCUAUUUGGGAUCUUGGCGGGCUUCCUAACAAGUUCCUGUCUUCUGAUCAUCUGUCGUUGGUAUCAUCAUUUUUAUUGCACGUUUGA